AUGGAGAAGAGCAAAAAAGCACCAUCAGCUGAGGAGUUGUUAAGUAAGAUCCAAGACCUCGAGGCACGCCAUGCUUGCAUCAAACAAGAGAUAUCCAAAGUCCUUGUCUCAAGUACUAGUAACCGGAGGACAAAACCUACCAACUCAUCUUCUCGCCCUAGAGUAAGUGGACCAAGAAGAGUAGGCGCACUUUCAUCUUUUGAGACUGAAAAAAACAUGGAAAUUACUCAAGGUGGUGGAGUCCUCUUGGAGGAGCCUUUGACAGAAACUCAGUACUUGAAUGUUAUGCAUUCAAUGGGCCAGGCUAUACAUAUAUUUGAUCUUAAAUAUCGGAUACACUUUUGGAAUCGAAGUGCAGAAAGAAUUUAUCGUCUUACAGCUGCCGAAGUCUUUGGCAAAACUCCAACAGAGAUUCUUGUGGAUCCAAAAGACGCUGCACUUGCUAAUUAUCUGCUAGAACGAACUGUUAAUGGAGAGAGCUGGUCAGGGGAGUUUCCCGUAACAAAUAAAUGGGGAGAAACUUUUGUGGUUCUCUGUACCAAUACUCCUUUUCGUGAUGAAAAUGAAAGAUUAAUAGGAGGUAUUUGUAUUUCCAGUGAUUCACGUCCAUUUAGGAAAAUGAUCAUGACUCCUACUGGCCUCAACCCGAGGACAAGGAUUGAUUCUCAACAACCUCGUCCGCAGACUUCAAUCGCCUCAAAGAUAUCAAAUUUGGCUUCAAAGGUCAAAUUGAAAAUGAAGAAGAUAGAUUAUGGAGGUGGGACCAGUAGUGAGGUAGAUGAUGAUGAUGCACUUCAAACAAUAAUUAGCACCCCGAGGGAGCAUCUUGGCCUGUCGUCUCCACAUGGGGUAUUCAUUUCCACGGGUACUACUACUACUACAGAUGAUGAUCAGAGUACUGAAAGCAGCAGCAAGAAGAAGCCUGCUGCUGCUGGUCUUUACAAGAUCUUGUCUUCAAAACCAGAAGAAUGGAUGGCUAAAAAGAGAAUUAGUAGUAGUAGCGUGUGGCCAUGGAACGUUACAAUUAAUAAUGAACGAGAAGAAGUAGUGUCUCUUGAUGCUAAACUUGGUUAUUUUGGUUGGCAUUGUUUAAGUAGUUCAUGUGUCAAUAAUCAUCAAUUAGCUGAUGAUGAGCAGCCACAUAUAAUUAAUAGUUGUGCAUCAGAAACAACCACAAAUAAUUAUAUAGGUCAUGAGGAGGAGGCUUCUUCUUCUUCUUCUUCUUCGGGGUUGUGGCUUUCUUCUACGGUACGUAAUGUUAAAGUUGAAAAGGAGACAGACGACCCUGGCAUAGCGGAUUAUGAAAUAUUGUGGCAAGACUUAAUUAUCAAAGGACAGAUAGGGCAAGGUUCGUGUGGCACUGUAUAUCACGGACUGUGGCAUGGAUCAGAUGUUGCCAUCAAGCUAUUUAUGUAUCAAGAGUUUUCAGAUGACGUAAUAAUAUCAUUUAAACAAGAGGUAUCUUUGAUGAAAAGGCUUCGACAUCCAAAUAUAUUGCUUUUCAUGGGGGCUGUAACUUCACGUCAGCAUAUGUGCAUUGUCACCGAGUUCCUUCCUCGGGGAAGUUUGUCUCAUAUACUUCAGCGACAUUCAACCCGGUUGGAUUGGAGACGACGCAUUCAUAUGGCCAUGGAUAUUGCACGAGGCAUGAAUUAUCUUCAUCGUUACAAGCCGCCCAUAGUUCACCGUGAUUUGAAGUCUUCAAAUCUCCUGGUGGAUAAAAAUUGGUGUGUGAAGGUCGGUGAUUUUGGUCUCUCACGUAUUAAGCAUCAGACAUACUUGCAAACAAAGUCGGGGAAAGGAACGCCUCAAUGGAUGGCUCCAGAAAUUAUUCGUAAUGAGUUACCUGCUAAUGAAAAGUCAGAUGUAUACAGUUACGGAGUCGUAUUGUGGGAAAUUGUCACUGGGAAAAUACCUUGGGAUGAUCUUAACCCAAUGCAGGUUAUUGCAGCUGUAGGGUUUAUGAAAAAAAAACUAGAGACACCGGAAGAUAUGGAUACAUUGUGGGCUUCUCUUAUUGAAAGUUGUUGGUGCAGCGAGCCAGAAUCGCGACCAACGUUCCAAGAUAUAUUGUAUAAACUUAAAGAGUUGCAAAAGAAGUAUGUCUCUGAACGUAAGAGAUAA